AUGAAAUCCCGUCAAGAGUCGCCGAAAAGUCGCUUUUCACCUAAUUAUCACAAGUCAAAAUCCAAAAAAUUGUUUAAAGUGGCAAACAAAAAAUUAAAAAGCAAUGGAAAUAAUAAUGUCAAACGAUCGCUAUCGCAAUCAAAAAGUUUCUCCUUCGGUACGUUGAUGGAUAAUUUAGUGCAACAUAAAACGCUCAAAUACAGAAUGUCAAAUAAACUGAAAAAAUUUCUUGAUCAUUCAAAUCCGUUGAUGGACCAGGGCUCAAAUAUAUCAGAAAAUUUAAACAAAAAAGUGCAGUUUAUCGACUCCCAAGCGGAAGAAAAUUUUAGUCGCAAUAGUAAAUGUGAAAAAGUAUAUGAAAAAUUGAAUGGACGUGCGUGCGAAUCCGAAAAUUACGACGACUUAUUUAAUGAGCUUGAACUGAGCGCAAUUGAAAAAACCAUCCAAUUUGAUGAAAGCAUCCGAGUAGAAACGAUGAAAAAUGUAGAUAAUGACAAUACUCAAAAAUAUUUUGAGGUAGAAAAGUGA